UUCUACCCGUUAGUGUGAAAAUUACCGAGCGUUUUUUGUAGCGUUUUGUGCUUCCAUUCUUGGGCUUCCAAUUCAAAAUUUUAUCAACCAUUAUGAUAAUUCAUACUAUCCUUGCUUGCAGUAUUUUAUUCUGAGUUCAAGCGAAAUGGUAUUCAAGAUGCGAGUGUUGUUGUACGUGUUUGGGGCGCUUUUGCCAGCAGUAUCUGCGGAUGAUGCCGUGGAACUUUUGCGGGAUGACAGUCAUGACACCCAAAACACCGCCACAGCAACCCACGAAGAACUGCUAUGCCUUGAUGAUAAAUUUCUCCAAGCGGCCACUCUCACCGACGAAGAGAAGAUGGAAGCUGUAUUUCAAUGCUUCCCGUUAUUAAAGGAAAGGUAUGAAGCGAGAAUGGCGGAACUAACAGAGGCGAAGCCGUUGAUGGAUGUAUUGGAGCGGCGCGUUAAGAUGCGGGAGUCUUUCAUCUCCCCCUGGAGACCUGAGAAUGCUGAAGAUAUCAUGGAAUUUCUAAAAGAGCAAUUUGGAGAGAAACCUGGAGUUUGGGAUGUUUUGUAUAUGAAAUACGUGGAACUCUUUGUUACCUACGGAUUUAUUCAUGGAAUACCGAAUGCGUUUAUCGCAUUUCUCAUGAUUAUUGUAGUGGCGUCAUCAGCGAGUGAAUUUUUGUUUGGCCUCUUGCACGGUCAGCAAAUGCACAUCGUUAUCGUAGCGUUCUUCGGAAUUUGCACUGUUGGUGGCCUUGUUGCGUAUUUGGUGCUUAGGAUGAUGCGCGUUCAGCGGAUUGUUAAGGGGGAGCUUUAAAUAGCAACUAAUUCUAUGUUGAUUACCAUGUACAUACAUGUACUUCGUGAUAACAGAAAGAAGAGAACUGAUAAAAUAAGACCGA